AUGAGCUUUCUGUCACCGGUGGACAAAUUUAUGCUGCUCUCGCGCUGCUGGUCGGUUUUCUUCAUGCUUCACUAUAUCGCUGCAUCACAACCGCCACCUCUGAACCAUCUGAAGCUGAACGAAUUGGUAAAUUCGGCGAAAAUUGAUCAACAAUUGGACAAUUUGGACAGUGAAGAACUUAGACUCGCUACCUCUUAUUUGCUGAGCAAAUUAGGUAGGAAGAAUGCUGAACUAGGAUUCGCCACUGCGCUCGAUGAAACAUAUCGGUACUGGCUUAGUCGGCAUUGCGCAACAUUUCAUCCCAAUUCACCGCUACGAGACGAAAGAAUCAUGCGAUAUGCAGAUUCGCUGUUGCUUCACUGUGAACAGAUCUCGAUGGACGGUGAAUUCUCGACAUCAGCGCAUCCAGCAAAUGUCAUUCGAGCUGCUCUGAACACCAGAACCAAUCUGUUUUGA